CUGUGCCAGGAGUGGGAAGGUUAAGAAGCCCUUAGCUGAGGGCUAGGGGGCAGGUGGCAUCCUCAGGUGACCAUGGAUUUACCCCUCACUGAGAGUGAUAGGAACCAGCACCGCUGAGCCUGGAGCAUCUUCAGAGCACUUCCUGUACCUGUUCAUCUGGGGCCUCACACGGGACCAGGAAGCAGAGGACAGAAAGAGAACAAGGCACAUGUGCAUUGAACGUUCUAGAAGGAAGCAUCCCUUCUCCUCUCUUGGGCUUGGUGUGGGUGCAGGAGACAUCUGAGCUGAAGAAAUGACCCUGAGGGUGUUGGGAGUGUGGCUGCCUUCAGCUCUGCUCCUCCUGCAGGUCCCAGGCUGUGUCCCUCUGCGUGGCCCCAGCACCGUGACAGGCGCCGUGGGGGAAUCCCUGAUUGUGCGGUGUCAGUAUGGGGAGAAAUACAAGAGCAACGUCAAAUACUGGUGCAGAAGCUCGCUGCUACUGUGUGAAAAGAUUGUCAAGACCAGACCCCCAAAACAAGCUAGGAGUGGCCGAGUGUCCAUCAGGGACCAUCCAGCCACCCUCACCUUCACAGUGACCUUGGAGAACCUCGCCCUGGAGGAUGCAGGCACCUACAAGUGUGGAGUGGAUGUACCAUUUAUCAAUGGCUCCUCAGGGAUUGAUAGUUCCUUGUUGGAGAUUGUUCCCUCCUGGAGGAUUGAUGCUUCCUUCAAGAUUGUGGUGGCCGUGGUCCCAGCUAUUGUAGACCGUAUCCCUUGGAGCAGAACAAAUACCCUGGGGUCUCCCACAUCCUCACCAGUGCACACUCAGCCCAGUGUGACCACAGAGAACACAACUCCUGGUCCCAGCCUACAACCUCGGUCCUUGCUGAGCAGCAUCUACUUCCAGCUCCUGGUCUUUCUGGAGCUGUCCCUGCUCCUGAGCAUGCUCAGUGCGGUCCUCUGGGUGCACAGACCUCAGAGGUGCUCUGGGGAGAAGCGGCAUCACCCCGGUUAUGAGAAUCAGUGACGUCUGGUGACAGUGAAGCCCUGUCCAUGUCACCGCAUGCAGCUCCCCUGGUGGCAGAGGACAAUCUGUGCUGCUGAGAAAACUCUGAGAUGUCUUAGAAGAGUCUUUGUGCUGUGCCAAACACAUGAAAGAAUGUGCCCA